AUUGUGAGGGGGGUGGGUGACGAGAGCGGGUGGUAGCAAGUAGCCUUUGCCACACUCUGUACACGUUUGCAUCACUGACUGAACUCCCAAACAAACAUUUUGUAGUGUCGCAAAGGUGAAUCAAUCAUUCUGGGGGUAGUCGCUUUUGCAGAGGCCUAAAGCAAUCUCGGAUCGUUCGCCUCAUUUGACGGGGUUUUAACCUAUGCGGUUGGGAUUUCUCACUCAUUAGUGACGCCCGUAGACGGGGUCGCAUGCAGCGUGAGAGGUGCUCGCCACUCCAAUCUGAUACUUCAGGCAAGAUGGAAGGCAGUCUUAGAAAACAGUGCGAUCAAUUUCAUCAAUCCCAUGUGCCACUGUUUGUGGAUGGACUGAAACCUCUGGAAAAACAGGCAUUGUUGGAUGAUCUCAAAAGUAUCAACUUUCAAGAAUGCUACGAAAGUUUUCAGCGAGCCACCCAGAAAACGCCCGAAGAGCUCGAAUCCAUUGACGAAAAGAUGAGCCCCAUUGAAGAGAGUCACUAUUUCUCAAUCAAUACGACCUCCGCCGCAGAAUUGCACGACCUAGAACGGGUUGCUUUGGACUCUAUUGCCAAUGGAACGAUAGGCGUUAUUUGUCUGGCUGGAGGUCAGGGCACACGAUUGGGAUCGCCUGAUCCCAAAGGGAUGUUCAAUAUAGGGCUACCUUCGAAUAAGACCCUGUAUCAAAUUCAAGUUGAGCGAAUACUUAAGCUGGAGGAGAUGAGUGGAGUCAGCGGAAAGUUGCCCUUGUACAUCAUGACGAGUGAGCACACCAAAGAGCCCACAGCCAAAUUCUUCGCCGAAAACGAUUAUUUUGGGAUGAAAAAAGACAACCUUGUUCUUUUCGAACAACGCAUGGUGCCUUGCUAUGACUUUCAGGGGCAAAUUCUGCUCGCCUCGGAAAAGCGAGUGGCCCGAGCCCCUGAUGGCAAUGGAGGGCUUUAUUGGGCGUUGCGACAGGAAGGAAUUCUUCAAGAUAUGAUCAAACGAGGCAUCAAGUAAGUCCAUAUCUAUUGCGUUGACAAUGUUUUGGUAAAAAUGGCGGACCCCUAUUUCAUGGGUAAAUGCAUUCAAAGCGGAGUGGAGUCGGCUAAUAAGGUGGUAGAAAAGUCAUUUCCAUCCGAGGCUGUGGGCGUGGUCGCUCGAAUUGAUGGGAAAAUUCAGGUCGUAGAGUACAGCGAAAUCAGCGUGGAAACAUCGGAGCAACGAAAUCCCGAUGGGAAAUUGGCUUUCCGAGCCGGAAACAUUUGCAAUCACUUCUUUGCCGUCGAUUUUUUGAGCCGAGUCUGUUCAGAUGAGAUAUUGAAGGCCUUACCCGAGCACGUGGCCAAAAAGAAGAUACCCCAUAUGAAAGAUGGACUUCUUGUCCAACCGACUGAGCCCAACGGAAUCAAAUUGGAGAAAUUCGUUUUCGAUGUGUUCCAAUUCUCUACAUCGUUCCUUGUUUGGGAAUGCCGUAGGGACGAGGAAUUCAGUCCUCUGAAAAAUGCCGACGGCGUUGGUAAGAAGGACACGCCCACGACAGCGAGGGAGGCAGUUUUCACCUUACAUCGUCAAUUUGUUGAGAGAGCCGGAGGGAAAGUGGUGUGUCCUGCGGCCUCAAAACAAAAUUCAGCCGUGGUGUGCGAAAUUUCACCUCUAACUUCGUAUGCGGGAGAAAAUUUGGAACCUUUGGUUGAGGGUCAAUCCCUCGAAGCUCCGAUCUGCCUAUAAAUUGUGAUAACGAAAAAGAAUGUUCAAACCUUUCAAUAUCCAAUCUAUCUUGAUUCAUGACUCAAUUUAGAGACAAAGUCCAAAGUACCCCCUUUUUCACUAUUCAGAGUUGAUACCGAUUGUUAUUUUUGUGGAGUUUG